AUGGUCCGCCCCAUGUUCGGCUCGCUUCCCCGUGUGCUUCAAGCCCGCUCGUUCUCGUCCACGCCAGCUUCGGCUCUCUCGCGCGUCACGCUCAUCGGCCGCCUCGUCUCGUCGCCCGAGGUGCGCGAGAGCCGUAACGGCAAGGAAUACCUUCGCUACGUGCUCGCCACGAACGACCUGCCCGGCCCGCCCAACGAGGACGGCACGCCCGCUGCGCCCACGUCGUCGUUCCACUCGAUUUUUGCCUUCGGCGAAAACACCGUCAACCGUUUGCGCGAGGUGCCCAAGGGCACACUCAUGUACGUUGAGGGCGACUUUCGCGUAGUGCGCACGCCCAGCGACGAGCAGACGCCCCCUCAGGAGCAGUGGCUCGUGCAGCACCGCAACUACCGCGUACUCAUGCGUCCCCGUAACACGGAGUAA